GGAUAACGCGGCGGCAGCGGUAGAAGCAGCGGCAGAAGCUGGCGGCAGCGGCGGCGGCGGUGGCGAGGGCAGGUUGUGUCUGUGAAAUGAGACCAUGACAACUGAUGAGGCUACAAAGAAGGAAGGAGAUGUCCAGAGAGCAACUCUUGUUGAACAAGGCGAGGAUAUCACACCAAACAAAGACAAAGGAGUUCUGAAGAUUGUGAAGAGGCCAGGGAAUAAUGAUGAAUCUCCUAUGAUUGGAGAUAAGGUUUAUGUCCACUACAAAGGAAAGCUGGCCAAUGGGAAAAAGUUUGAUUCCAGCCGUGACAGGAAUGAGCCAUUUAUCUUCAGCCUGGGCAAAGGCCAGGUCAUUAAGGCAUGGGAUAUUGGGGUUGCCACCAUGAAAAGGGGGGAGAUCUGCCACUUGUUGUGUAAACCAGAAUAUGCAUAUGGUUCUGCUGGCAGUGUCCCAAAGAUCCCCUCAAAUGCAACACUCUUCUUUGAGAUUGAGCUGCUAGAUUUCAAGGGAGAGGAUUUAUUUGAGAAUGGAGCCAUCAUCCGCAGAAUCAAACAGAAAGGUGAAGGAUACUCCAACCCCAACGAAGGAGCUGCUGUACAAAUCCAUCUGAAAGGAUUCUGUGAUGGCAGAAUGUUUGAUUGCAGAGAUGUAGCAUUCACUGUUGGAGAAGGAGAAGACCAUGACAUUCCCAUUGGAAUUGACAAAGCUCUGGAGAAGAUGCAAAGGGGAGAAAAUUGUAUCCUACAUAUUGGAGCACAAUAUGGAUUUGGUGAAGCAGGGAAGCUUAAAUUUGGCAUAGGGCCAAAUGCUGAACUUGUGUAUGAAGUUACACUGAAAAGCUUUGAAAAGGCCAAAGAAUCCUGGGAGAUGGACACCAAAGAGAAAUUAGAGCAGGCUGGCAUCGUCAAAGAGAAAGGGACUGUGUACUUCAAGGAAGGCAAGUACCUACAGGCAAUGAUUCAAUAUGGGAAGAUUGUAUCCUGGUUAGAAAUGGAAUAUGGCUUAUCAGAAAGGGAAUCUAAAGCUUCAGAAUCGUUGUUGUUGGCAGCCUUUCUCAACCUCGCCAUGUGCAAUUUGAAGUUGCGGGAGUAUACGAAAGCUAUUGAGUAUUGCAAUAAGGCAUUAGCACUGGACCAGCUCAACGAAAAGGGCUUUUACAGAAGAGGAGAAGCACGAUUACUCAUGAAUGAAUUUGAAUUGGCAAAGUGUGACUUUGAGAGAGUGCUGGAAGUGAAUCCACAAAACAAGGCAGCCAGGUCACAAAUCACUGUGUGUCAGAAGAAGACAAAGGAGCACAAUGAGCGUGACCGAAAAAUAUAUGCCAACAUGUUCAAGAAAUUCGCAGAGAGAGAUGCAAAGGAGGAGGCCAGUAAACCCCCAGGAGAGGGAGAAGAAAAGUCUUGCUCUGAAAUUGGGCUUAAGGAGACAGUGACGGAAGGUGAAGAAGCAGAGGGCCACGUAUGAUUGUGCAGCAGAAAGACAAUCCUUCUGAAUUCUGCCUGCAUUCAAACAGGUUUCUGAAGAACUCAGAAUUCAACAGUGUUUAUUGUAAAGGUUGUUACAGUAGGCGUUAUUGU